UGCAUUUUAUUUUGAAAUGCGGUAACGGAAGUGGUGCUGCUGACGGUUUGUUUGGCUUGACGUGUCCAGGUGAGUUCCUGUUGGGAGUCAUGGGGCUCGUGUACUCUGAGCCUGCCUGUCAGUCAGCAUAUGAUGGAAAUGUCUAUCAGCUGUUUCACCUGUUGAGAAAGGACCCGACACACCUGAACGUUCAGGAGGAGCACACCGGGGACACGCCCCUCAUUGCAGCCUGUCGCCCCGGUAACCUGAGAGUCGUCCAGUACCUGCUCGACAACGGUGCUGACGUCCAACUGACCAAUAAGAAACAGAGGACGUGUCUUCAUUAUGUCUCUCGGAGGACGUUCUCUUUGCUCGACUACCUGAUGAUCUCCAUCCUGAUGCCAAUCCUGCUGCUCGGAUACUUUCUCAUGUUACAGAAACAGCGGCACAACGUUACUCUGAUGAAGGCGGUUCUGAGCAGCAAUGUGAACAUCGAUGCCGUCGACUACAAAGGCAACACAGCACUUCAUUACAUCUGUCAGAGGAAAAGUCUUCCUCUGGUUCCUCUGCUGCUCGAAAGAAACGCCAACAUCAACAUCCAAAACAACGACGGAGAAACCCCGCUGGACAUUGCCACCAGACUGAAGUUCAAGAAGGUUGUCACCAUGCUGAAGAAGGCACACUAACAGACAGGCAGGCAGGCAGAUAGGCAGAUAUUAUAUGUUACACGUGUUGGUGGAAACUGUCUGCAGAAGACAGAUUUUCUAAACUAAAUCUAUCUUUUAUCAUUUAUUUAAAUCUUCAUCUUUUAUUGUGGAAGUUCUGUUAGUUCGUCAGAACUGUUAACGUCGCAGAUUUUGAGGAAACAAACAGGAUGAAAUGUUAUAACACGUUGAACGUUCAUAAAUUUGAUUGAAGAUGGAGGUUGUUACACUUUUACACUGUUACAGGACGUUUGUGCUAAGCUAGGCUAGCAGUUUUCCCUUACUUCUAGUCUUUGUGCUAAGCUAGGCUAGCAGUUUUCCCUCUAAAAUGAAUUCAAAGCAAAUCUUUAAAAAAUCUGUAAAACAGGAAAUUAAAUCAGUGUAAACAUUCAAACAGACUUGAGCCUCAGUUCCUGUGAAACAUUUCAAAAUAAACUUUCCUUUAUUUCACAAAUGA